AAGCGUGGUCAGUUAACUUUAAAGUUUUAAAAGCGUUAACUCCGUAGUUUGUGGUCAGAACAACAAGUGACUGGUUGCGUAACGGUGAUGCGCGUAACCCAUAAGAGAUAAAGUUUUACUACACACAGAGAUAGGCGCUUCCUUUUCUUAUUUACCAAGAAAAUACUUUGUUUCUGGGUUACCUUUUGCACAAACAACUUUUUCUGGCUUUGAGCUCAGCUGGACAUGGCAGAGGGAGACUUUUACACCAUGGGGAGCCGGCAGAGGUUUCCCAGAGAUCCGUUUGGAGAGGCGUCACCGUUCAGAGAUCAGUCUCCUUUCAGGGAUCAGUUAACGUCUCGGUUUAUGGAUGAUGAGUUUGGGAUGUCACCUUUCCCCGAUGAUCUGGCGAUGGACUGGCCGGGGUGGGCUCGGCCAGGCCGCCUCAGCUCGCGCCUCGGCACCUCGCCCUUUAGCAGCACUUUACGCACAGGCUUCCCCCCGCGCCAGUCCCCCGGAGGCCCCACGCUGUACACCAGCCGGUACGGGGAGCCUUCGUCCCGGAGCUCCCCCACCACCACCGGAGGAGAGCCCUGGAAAGUCUGCGUGAACGUCCACAGCUUCAAACCAGAGGAGUUAAACGUCAAAACGAGAGAGGGAUUUGUAGAGGUGUCAGGAAAACACGAAGAGAAACAGGACGAAGGAGGCAUAGUGACAAAGAAUUUCACAAAGAAGAUACAGAUCCCCGUUGAUGUGGACCCUCUCACCGUCUUCGCCUCUCUGUCCCCCGAGGGCGUCCUCAUCAUCGAAGCCCGCCAGACGCCUCCAUAUUACCUUUUCAGCAGCGAGGGCUCCCAAGGUGGCGAAAUGCAGGAGGUGGAGGCCCCUAAGCCCCAGGAGGCCCCUGCAGUUUGAAUCUCCUCCUGACUGAAAUGACAACGUCUUCCUGCCCAAACAGUUACAAGUUUGAUAUGAAUUGUGUGGCCUUCAGCUUCCUGUUAAAUUAAAAUGUACAAAAUGCAUUAAGUCCAUAUCAGUGCUGCAGUUUCUUACUUUUUUUUUCUUUUUUUCUUUGUUUUUUACAAGCAAUGACAAGUCUCUUCAUUGCAUUGGACAGAGACACUGCGGUUGUUUUCAGCAUUUGCCUAAAUACAAUAUUGAUUAUCAUUACCAGUUCACCUGACAGCUGUUAUUUAAUUUAAUAGUUUUGUUCACCAAAUGAACUACUGAUGUGACAGUUUCUGAUAUAUAGUUUUUUAAAGAAUAAAAAAUCAAGAUAUCAUAGAAGUUAAUAGGAGACUAAGAAAACACGAAAGAGUUCAUGAAAAGGGAAAUGGAAUCUGUUUUUUGUUUGUUUGUUUUCUGUGUUUUGCUGUUAAAAUGAAUAAAAUGAUUAAUUGACUUUCUAAA